GGACCCGAGUCCCGAUUCGUGGGUCGGAUCGAAAAGCAUUGAGCACAGGAAAGGAUGGCGUUCUCCCCCUGCCGCCUCCUCCGUCUCGUCCGCCGUCACCGGACCCUCGCCACCGCUGCUUCCUCCUCCCGGGCCGUCGCCGUGUUCUGGGACCUCGAUAACAAGCCGCCCAACACCAUCCCGCCCUACGACGCUGCCGUCCGCCUCCACCUCGCCGCCGCCUCCUUCGGCCCCCUACGCUUCUCCGUCGCCUACGCCAACCACCACGCCUUUCGCCACCUCCCUGCCCCCGUCCGUGCCGCUGGCGCCGAACGCCGUGCUGCCGACCACCUCGAGGCUGCGAAACCCUCCCGUGUCCCCUCCUACCUCUGCCGCGUCUGCGGCCGCCGCUUCUUCGCCCACGCCAAGCUCGUCAACCACUUCAGGCAGAUCCACGAGCGCGAGCAGGAGAAGCGCCUCCGCCGCAUCGACUCGGCCACCGGCGGCCGCAGGGUCCGGCUCGUGGCCGCGCUGUCGCUGAAGAUGGAGAAGUACAAGAAGGCCGCGAGGGAACUGUUGACCCCCGAAGUCGGGUACGGACUCGCCGACGAGCUCCGCCGGGCUGGGGUUGUGGUCCGGACUGUCGAUGACCGACCGGAGGCGGCCGACCGGGCGCUGAGAGAGCACAUGGUGGAGACGAUGGAUCGGGGGAAGGUUGGAUGCUUGGUGUUGGUCUCGGACGAUUCCGGGUUUCUUGGAGUGAUGAGAGAGGCCAGGAUGAGGUGUUUGAAGACGGUUGUGGUGGGGGACGAGGGCGACGGGGCAUUGAAGAGGUACGCAGAUUCAGCGCUGUCAUGGAAGGAUGUAGUCUCGGGCAAGGCAAAGAAGGAGGCGGCCAGUGCAGUGGGCAGGUGGAAAGAUCGGGAUUUACUGAAGAAAUUAGAGUGGAGGCAUAUGCCAGAGGAAGAGGAAGGCGAAAGUGAUAUUUUUGAUGAUGACAGUGACGCUGGGGAUGAGGAAGAUGGGUGCCUGGGCUUGGUGGGAGAGAGGGAUAAGAAACCUUGGUGGAAGUUGAAUUCAGAUUCAAAUGAUCUACAUUAAUAAAUCAUCUUGAGAGGGGUUAUCAUUCAUACAAGAAAAGCACUAAUGUAGUGUAUGAGAACUGAUUUCUGUCGAGGAAUAUGCACUUCUCAAGUUCUCCGACAAAGAGAUCAUUCAGAAAUACUGGAUAAAUGGGGUAAGGAUGCAAUAAGGAUCAUCCUGAAACGGGUUGCCAUCUGUAAAGAGAAACACUGAUGUAGAAUGUGGGAACUUAAUUGCUGUGGAGAAAGAUGCAAUUCUUGAGUUUUUUAGCAAAGAUAUAUCCUUCCAGAAAGACUGGGGGGAGGUUCGGAUUUCAUAUUUGUGAGUAGGAUGCAAAUGCGGACUUCUCUGGAUGUAGUUUGUUGAUAAUUUGUUUCAAUGAUGCAACUUGACCUGUUCAUCGGAUUACCAUCUUGUGGUAAAGGGGGGAGAAAACUGCAGGUUUGAUAAUCUAAUUCUAUUGGAGGAGUUGAUUUCAGCCAGCAAUGUGUUCACUGGUGCUUACAAGCUUUUGCACAUAAACUUCCUUUUUCUCUUCAGGUACUUUUUCAAGCUGACAUGCAAUAAGAGGAUGUAGAAGAUUCAAAUCGACUUCAUCAGAGGAAGGAGGAAUAGAACCUUCGAUUAAUGGAGAAAUUUUGCCCUAAAUAAUCCUCAAAGUUGGAAAAUAUGUGUCUGGUUGAAAAUUGUGGAAAUUAUUCUGCUCUAUUUGUUCACAAGAAAGCUAAGUUUUAUAUUGAAUAUCAGAAAUAUCUUUGCAGAAAAAUUCAGCUUCUCGUUAAAGCAAUGUUUCUCACAAAGAAUCCCUCAAUCAACCAGUUCAUCUUCUCUCAUGUCAGAAGAACUUUGUUGCUUUUUUCCUUUCCUAAACACACACUAAUUGCUGGAAAUACUGCCUGAGUUACAGUGACUGUUUGUGCUUUUCCCAUAAAUUUGAAUGCUUCAACUGUUCUAGAUUAAAAUAUUGGCUUAGUUGAUUGAUGUCUUGUCCUUAUAAUCAAAUUGGCUAAUUGUUACUACCAGCCUCUCUGCAAGUAUAUUGAGGCAAAUCUUGGAAGAUUUUUUGGUGCCCUGCAAAGGGAGAAGCAUAAACAUGUAUAUUGUGAUUUGUCUUUUUAUCAUGGAACAAUAUUACUAUUUUGGAUACUGUCCUUAGCAUAGACUACACGAAAAGAAAUCAAGUAGGAAGUUCCACUAUAGUUCAUUCCCAUCAAUUCCAAGCAGAUACCUUCCUUUUGUUGUUGUCCAUGACUCCAUUCCACCAUAUGAGCACAUUACCAACGUAUUCUUCUUUUCCUCUGUUCUGUUAUUAUGUAAAUGUGGAAAGGUAUGAUUAGCAAAACUGAUGGUUGCUUUACCGAUAGCCUGUAGUAGUCAUUCGUGUAGAAGUCCUCUCGAUCAUUGUCAUUAUUGACUGUACCUUCAAUCUGGGAUCAUCUGCGAUGCACACAACACUGGAUACACAAAUAAAAGCAUCCCCAUGAAAUUGUUAAAGAAGGUUGAUGCUAGAGUGUCCAUUGAAGAUUUGUGCGGUAUUUCUGACCAUCAACAUGAUGCCAGCUCCUUGAAGGACACAGACUAAUAAGGAAGAGUUGGUAGGAUUUAUUUAAUGAUUUGUAAUAAAGCAAUACGUGAAGCAUUCAGAAAAUUGUAUCAAGCUAAUCAAGAAUUUGGAUAAAGGGUGAAAUAGAAAACUAUUUCAAAGUUACAAGCAAACUAAUGGACUUAGAAAUGUUGAGAUCUUUUGUUGUGUUCUAUAGUUGAUUUACAAGUAAACUAAUGACUAAUAUAGGAUGCUUGUCUGUGUAAUUGAUGGUCUAGAAUAGAUAGGUAUGACUGGUAUAUGAUAUUGACUUCAGCAACUUUCCAGUUUUUUAGGAAAAUAAACAGGAACUGCCAAGCUGACAUUAACUGCUUUGAGAGAUUGAAAUGGACAAAACCAACCGCAAAGAGGACUUGGUCUCUACAGUGUACAAAUUCUUUGUGAACUUGCACCAAUUUCUCCUUCUAUGUUUCACUAGAUGAUUGUAAGUCAGACCCAAGUAUUAGCUCACUCUGAUACCUUGAUAUCCUUUUCUUUUGUUCAUUUCAUAUGAAAAUCAAUCUACAAAGCAUACUUUCCUUCAGUCAGGCCCACACCAAUGUGUCUGACAGAUAUAGCUCAAGAAAUCUAUUGAAGCUACUGAUUGCUUCUUGCAUUGCUUUUAUUGAAACUGAUAUGAGAAUAUCCUGGAACCACAUCUUGUAUUUCUUUGUGACCUUUUUUAAUGAUUAUAUUGAACACACUCUUCAAAUAUACUGCUUCCAUAUAUAUUUGGUCCUUCAGAGGACAGUUGUCAGUUAUCUUCCCUCAUUUGGUUGUGUGUGUGUGUUGAUGGUGAAUGACACGAUGAAGGUGAUGAUUUUGCUAAGCCCAACACCACGAUCUUGAGCCUCUGUUGCAAAUAUUUGUGUAGAAAGCCAGAAAUGAAGCUGUUUUUGUGGGAAUUGAACCAGUGAACUCUACAUGGUAUGGAUCUCCAGUAUGACCAAGGAUCUCCCAGCUCAGUUGAACUCUAAAGGCCAUUCUCUCCAAAGGCAGACUUGGGUUUGUUGAGACUUGGUUGAGUUGGCAUAACCUGAAUUUUGAUUAUUCUUACAUCAAUUUAGGUGAUAAGAGUGUUCUGCAUUCUAAGAAGUGUUGAUGGUGUGCUCAUCUUUGCAAGGUGUCCUUUGAAAAGUCCUAAAAUUUGUUCUCCUAUGUGAAGCCUUGGCACUCAAGGACAUAUUUCAGCAGGCUCUUGAUGAAGGAAUCACAUAUAUUUGGGCCAAAAUUGAUUCAGAAGUUCUGAUUCAAAUUAUAGACCAUACUUGUGCACCAUGGCAGAUUAGCCAUGAAUUUUUUUUUUUUUUCUUUGAAUUGCUAACUAAAAAUGGGAUGUGUGGAUCAAAUCAAUGGAUCUGAUAACAUGGCACAUUGUUAGUGUAUAAAGAUCAUAAAUUUGGAUCUUCUAUUGGUCUUAGCACUUCCAUGAAAUUCACUGCAGGAAAAAAUAGUUGAUUUCAUGAAGUGCUUCAUGGUUUGAUCACAAAAUCCAUAUUUCAAUAUUCCAAUUUUAGGAUUUGCUGUAAAUACAAUAAUCAACCGUUAUAUUACUUCUAAUUUCUUCCCACUGUUUGAGAGAGAUUAUAGUAGUGGACAUGAGGAGGAUUUUACACCAAGUUUAAAUCACCCAAUAAAGGAUUUGAUGCACUUGAGAUUCAAAUGCUUCUUGUUCAUGCUUGUCUAUACUUAAAUCUCUGAUAUGUACAUGACUGUGUAGUAGGCUUUUCUAUAGAGAGCAAAUCUACCAAAGCAUCAAAAGCCUUAGCAGCAUCUUUCGGUGCUCUACAGACAAGGCGUAUGGAGUCCCUGGGACACUGUUGGUGGAGCCUUUCUAUGAUAUGUUGCUUGCAAUGAAAGAGGAGAAACUUUGCAAGUAAAGCACAAGAUGUUCAAAAGAUUUAGCUUCCAACUUCUGAGAUGCUCUCCAGAGAAGGAUGCCAGUGUCGGGCUUUCGCUGCCAUCUGCGUGCCGCUCCUUAGCUGAUCCCUGUCCUGCUAUUUUACCUGCAUCACCUAAAGAAUAGAAAAACCAUUGAGAACGCCCUCAAACAGCUGACGGUCUUAUUACUGUUUUCUGAUCAGUUCAUCCUGCCUCUUCUUUAGCUUCUCAUACUUCUUUGCCCUCAGAGCCACCAUGACCUCUGACCAAGAAAGGAUCAGCAGACUUUCACUGUUAGAAUACAUUUGAAAGCUAAACAAGCAAGGAUCGCAAAUUUCAUUGUGGAAUCAACAGAUCAGAACUUUGGGAGGUGAUGAGCCAAUACACUUGGCCGAGCAUGAGCAAUUCCUGCUGCUCCGCUGCGACACAGAGCGUGAUGAGGGCAACGUGGUAGCCCGGGUUGUUCUUCAUGACCUCUGCGGUGCUCGUCUGCCAGUAAAGCCGCUCCACCCUCCCUCCAGGGUGCUGGAUCACCACUUCCUCUGAUGCUUGGCAGUUCCCCAUCCUCCUCCCUCUCUGUCAAUGCAGGAAUGGAGAAGCUGCAGCUUCCGUUAGGUUGAAGUCUCAGAACACUUGGAUAUAUGGUAGUGUGUGUCAUUGACGGAAUGUAAUGCAGAGCUAGAGAGAGAAUGCUGAGGCAAGGGAAGCACACAUGGUUGGUGGCAUGACGUCUCACUUGCAGCGGGAUGAGGGAGUUAUCAUCUACUGCUUGCAGCAGCAGCGGACAAGGGCGUGAGAUUCUUCUUGUCAUGGGUGUUUGUGGGCUGGAGAAGUCACAUUACAAGGAAGAGGAUAAGACACUGAAUCACCAAUAAAGACAACCUCGUUGCUCUUUUUCUACUCACCAGCUCAUGGGAUGGAACUUGGGGUGUUAUGGAGUGUCAAAAGCUGUGCCCUUACUGUGAUCAUAUUCAUGGUCCACUGUUACCUAAAUAGAGAUCGUCUUCUUUGUUCAUAUUUCUUUGGUGUUGCCUUUGGGCAUCAGGAAGCAGUAUGUAUGUGCUCGUUGUUGCUCCUCACCAUCAGUGUUGCUUCAGGACAUGCUUCUCGUUUCAGAGAGUCCACAAGAAACCUUAGCUCAGGGAGGUUACUUCAGCUCCAUGUUCAUUUUACAUUAUCUGCAUUGUUGAAUUAAGUAUGAUGUUUUAAGUGUUAGCUUGUUGGACUGAUGAAUACUGUAAGUUAUAAUUUGUCUAAGUUUCUCUUCCUUGGAAACAAUCCUUCCCAGUUUUGAGGUCUCUUCAUUUGGUCCACAAUCCACAUGGCCAUCAAAUUAAUCGGAGGGCAUGUGAAGUGUUGGAGUAAUCACACAGUCCAACCUCAUGCCCACUCUUUGUUCCAACGAAAAGCCAACAUGAGUUGAUGACCUAAAUAUGCCUCUCUUCCACAAAGUUCCUAAGCAUGUUGUAGUUGUUUUGUUUAACUAGAGCAUGUGGGUUCUCUUUUCAAACACCCUUUUGUCAUAAUUAUGUUCUUGAGAGAAUAGAAUCCAUAUCAUGCUUAAGUCCACUUGGAUUGGAUUCACAUCUUUGUUUUAUUCUAAAACCAUUGAGUCAAGAUAAUCCAUGAUAUGUUUUCAUCUCAUGUGCAAGAUCUUAAUCUACAUAUUGUUUCUGAAAAAUAGUAACAUGGCUCUUCAAGAUAUCUCAUCAUCCAUAGUUGUGACUUCUAUGUAUUAUUGGAUUAAUUAGAAUGAACCUUGUCCCAUUAUAGGACAUGGAUGAAUUAUUAUGUUUGUGUGCUGUUUCUAAGCAAAGUUACAGAAGAUUUAGUAGUUUAUUUUGGUCUACAAUGUUGUUCAGACAGAGGGACAGUAGCAAAGAAGGUAGAGAGAUUGUGAGCAUGAGAAGAACUGCUACAAGACACCAACACAAAGGAAAUGGACAGACUUGCAGUGUCAGUAGGAAAAUGCUUUCCUUGUUGAUCUGCUUUGCUGGUUUAAAUGCAACACAAACACAGCCUGUGCCAAGUUUCAGGCAUGACUGGGGACUCCAUAAUGCAUUCAUCUCUGCGAGUAGCUCCAUUAUUACUGGCUUGCAGCUGCCACCACAAAGGUCCAAUUGCAGAAGAAGGAUUCUUGAAUAUCAAAAACAAUAGAAUGAAUUGAUAUUUUGAUUAAUGUGUUAUCCAAACUGGAUGCUUUGAUGGGUAAAAAGACUAAUUUCAGCAAUUUAUGUGUGUAAUUUUGAUGAUAUAAUUGGAUGGUUGGACUGCAGACAAGAAUAACAUGCACUGUUCUAAUGGAUAAACAAGUUUCUUCUCUGCAUCA